AACCAGAAUCCGGCCUCGCACGCGCCCAGCAAGCCCAAACCCCAAAUCCCCCGCCCGAUCCGCCCGGAACCCUAGGGAUCCGCCCUGAUCCGCCGCCGCGCCGGCCCCCCCGCCCUGCGAACCCUAGGGAUUCGCGGAGCCGCCGCCGCCGGCGGGGCUGCGCCAUGGCGGACCUGGUGGGGCGGGCCGUGAGGAAGGCCUUCCCGGGCUUCGGCCUCUUCUCCGGCGUCGUCGAGUCCUACGACGCCCAGGCCGGCUACUUCCGCGUGCUCUACGACGACGGCGACUCCGAGGAGGUCGACGCCGACGAGAUGGCCUCCAUCCUCGUCGGCGCCCCCAUGCCGCCGCAGCCCGAGACCCCCGGGGGGUCCGCCGGGAAGCGCCCUAAGAAGCGGAGGCGCGGGGACGAGGACUCCUCCUCCCCACAGGGGACCGUUUCUGUGUUAUUAUUAGGGGAAUCCGCGGCUAUAGAUGUGCUCUCGAAUGGGGAUGUGCUCGCGACCCCGUCAGCGGCUGUAGAUGGGCUCUCGAAGAAGCGGAGGGUCGACCCUGAUCCGGAAUCUUCCAGGCCAGUCCGUCGGAGCGCGAGGCAGGCCAAGGCGGCGGCAUUGGCCGCCGAGAUGGAGGCUGCGGCCGCCGAGACCUCGCCCGCCGCCGACUCCAUGUCCCCGGUCCAGAUUGCUGCUGCCACGCCGCAGCAGUCCAGCAGGAAGCGGCAGCGCGCGAGCGGGAGCGGCCGGUACCGCUCGGUCGCGAGGGAUUUGGAGGACGCCGCGGCGGCGGCGGACAGGAUGCCGCCGAAGCCGGAGCUGCCGCCGUCGUCGCAGGGCCUGGACUUGGAAGGCCUCCCUGUCCUCGACGUCUUCCAGGUCUACUCCUGCUUGAGGUCGUUUAGCAAGCAGCUUUUCCUGAGCCCGUUCGCGCUGGACGCGUUCGUGUCUGCGCUGCGGUGCGUGCACGUCAACCCCUUGAUCGACUGGGUGCAUUUCGCUUUGCUCCGCUCGCUCAAGAGCCACUUGGAAGAUCUCGCGCAUGAAGGAGACCCUCCGGCAAUACACUGUAUCAGGAAUCUCAACUGGGAACUUCUAGACCUAGCAACAUGGCCAAUCUACCUUGCCGAGUACUUACUGACCCGGGGUUCAGAACUGAGGUAUGGUGUGAAGCUUACAGAUCUAAUGCUGGACACAGAGUACUAUAGGCAGCCAGCGACCGUGAAACUUGAGCUGCUGCGCUCGCUCUGCGAUGAUGUUAUUGAGAUCGAGGCUAUCCGUUCUGAACUUGGUUCACGGAUGUCUGAGUUAGAUGGAAAUGACGACAGCUAUAGAAUUACCGGCGUAAGAAGAAAAAGGAGAGUUUCUUCUGUCAAGGCCCUAGCGGACCCUUCUGUGCCUCUUGAAGGCUCUGAUGAUGUGGAUGAUGGUAACAGUGAUGAGUGCUAUCUCUGUGGUAUGGACGGCAACCUGCUAUGCUGUGAUGGCUGUCCUUCAGCUUUCCACUCGAAAUGUGUGGGGGUGGUGGAGGAUCUGUUGCCUCAAGGAGAUUGGUAUUGCCCCGAGUGUUCGAUGCAGAAGAGUAAUGGAUCCAGAAAUAUGUCAAAGCUUGUCAGAGGAGCAGAGGUUCUGGGAACCGAUCCACAUGGACGACUAUACUUCGGCACCUGUGGCUAUCUUUUGGUGGUUGAUUCAUGUGAUGCGGACUCUCCAUGCCAUUAUUAUGGUCAGAUUGAUCUUCAUUCCCUUGUAACAGUGUUAAUUCCAUGUCAUCAUUCGUACAAUUCAAUCGUAAAUGUGAUCUCUUUAUUCCGGGAUAUGGCAACUGAAACAUCUAAUAAUAACGGGCGAUAUGAGAAUAGCAAGGAAUGUAGUACCUCUGAAAAUGGGACAGACUGCAGGCACUCAUCAAUGAAACAACCUCAUGAACGUGGACAGUGUAUGAGAGUUAAGGAUGGUUCCUCUCAACAGUUGGAUUCAGAGAAAGUUUGCACCUUAAAUUCAGAUCAAGAUGCCGCACACCAAAAUGAGAAGCCAAACGGAGCAUCUCAAUGUAACGCCUCUAGUGCCAACAAGGAUAGCUGCAAUUCUCAGCAAGAUGAUGUUUGCUUACAUGCUAAUGGUUUGUCUGCGGAGAACCAAAAAGGUCUGUCACCUCAAAAAGAAAUAAGUGAUUAUUGUCUCCAUUCUGACCCUGCUAGGUAUAUAAACUACUACAGUUUUGGUCAAAUAGCAGCAGCGGCUGCUGCAGAGUUAAAGCUCAAGCUUUCUGAGAAUGUGGAAGGAAAGAAGCUUGGUCAGGAUGCAGUUUCCUUUCGGCUAAAAACAAUAUGCAAGAAACAUGUUAAUAUUUUUGCACUGACUGAUAAAAAGUUAUCCGCGGAGCUUCUAAAAGAAAAAUGUGGCUGGUGUAACUCCUGCCAGAUCAGUGGUGGUACUGAUUGCGUUUUCAGAGUUACUGAUGUUAAGUGUAUGGAGAGUACUAAACCAUGUGCUGUUGGUCUUUUGUCAGAAAAGAAUCAGGAAAGUCAUAUUGUCCUUGCUACACAUAACAUUUUGUCAAUUGAAGAACGUCUGAACGGUUUGCUAUCUGGUCCAUGGAAAAAUCCGCAAUAUAGCAUUUAUUGGCGUAAGGCAGUUCUGAUGGCUUCAGAUGUAUCGUCACUAAAGCAGCCUCUUCUCAUGUUAGAGUCCAGUCUGCGACGUGUUGCCUUCUCAGGAGAUUGGCAAAAACCAGCAGACUCUGUUGAAGUUGUUGGGUCUGCAGCUCAUAUCUUGGUCCGUUCAUCCAAUAAAUCUCUAGGAGAUGCAAUUGCUAGAAAGCCAGGAAAGAAGCCACUUAAUGUUGAGCUUAAAGUUGACUCUCGUGAUGUUGGUGUUUAUUGGUGGAGGGGUGGAACAUUGUCUCGUCAAGUGUUUCAUUGGAAGAGGUUGCCUCAGUCAUUGGCCAGCAAAUGUGCUCGGCAAGCUGGGCGCAAGAAAAUUCCCACUAUAGUGUAUCCUGAGGGUUCACAGUUUGCCAGGAGGCUCAAAUACAUAGCUUGGCGAGCUGCCGUGGAAAUGGCACAAAAUGUGUCCCAGCUCAUUCUGCAGAUUAAAGAGCUUGAAUUGAAUAUCAAGUGGACUGAGAUAUUGAGCACUCUCUAUUCUGCCACUUCAACAAAGGAAACCCAGAAAAUAGCAAGGCUUUUCAAGAAAGUUAUAAUUCGCAGGAAACGCAUAGAAGCAACAAAUAUAGAAUAUCUACUUGAUUUUGGAAAGAGGGAGAAUAUUCCUCCUGUUGUUGCUAAACAUGGAAUAAAACUUGAGGAGCCCUCCAGCGAGAGGAACAGGUACUGGUUGAGUGAAAGUCAUGUCCCUCUGAGCCUUUUGAAGGCAUAUGAAGCCAAAGGAAUCACUCGCUCACUGAAAAAGAUAGACAAAGAUGAUCUUCCUAAGAACAUGAGUGGUUUCGGACCCAAAAAGCCAAAAAGAUCAGUGUUUGAUGACCUCCUAGAGAAAGCUAAAAAGCGACCCAACAGGCUUUGUGGUCAGUGUUAUAAAACAGUAAUUGACAGGGAAGCUGUGAACUGUCGGUAUUGUGAAGCACUUUUCCAUAGAAAACAUUUCAAUGUUCCUAGAGGGGCCGUGGAUACUGUCUAUGUUUGCAACAAGUGCCUAGCUGAAAAGGUCCCGCCAAUGAAGUCCCCCCAGAAAAAGGCAGGAUCGAAGAAGAGCUCUCCGAAAAAGAAGCAAAAGACGCAACCACGAAAGAGUUUAAGAAGAAGAAACCAGAUAGUUAUCAACCUCAAGAAGAAAGCUGUCCGGAAGAAUGGGAAGCAUGGUCGGCUUAGAAAGAAUCUAUUGACUGUGUCUAAGAAUGAAUCUGUAAAGGUGCCUGACAGUCAAGCAUCAAAUGAGCCCAAGAGUGAACCGGCAAAACGUAUAUCAAAACGGUUGUAUAAUAAGUACAUGAUAGGCAACUCAGGUAGAUCUAAGCCUGCAAGCUGCCGUAAGAGGAAGAGGACAGCUUUGCAUUAUUCGUACUGGUUAGAUGGCCUUCGAUUGACACAUAACACAGAUGAUGAGCAGGCAACAAGUUUCAGGAAAGCAAGAGUUGUUUUUCCAUCCGAGGAUGUCAAGAUUUCAGAAACCAGUCCAGUUUGCCGUCUUUGUAACAAAUGCUACAGUGGAGAUGCCAUUUAUAUUGCUUGUGAGAAUUGCGAAGAUUGGUUCCAUGGUGAUAUCUAUUCGAUCACCAUAGAAAAUGUCAAUAAACUCGUGGGCUUCAAGUGCCAUGCAUGCCGUCUGAGAGCUAUUCCUGUUUGUCCUUAUGCACAAGCUGAUAUGAUUGUUGAGGAUCAAUCAGAUAAGGAGGACGACAUUGACAUGUCUAUAGAGGACGAGGACCACAAUGGUCCUAAACAUCUGCGCACUUCCGAUGGUCUAAAAGAGCUUCACAAUAACAUUGAGGAGCUCCAUGGUAAUAACAUUGAGAAACAGGUUGGUGAUCGUAUUUGUUUGGAAGUGCUUGAGAAUUCUAAUGAUCUGAAAGAGCCAGGCAGCCAUAGUACCGAGAAACAGCUCGAUGAUUCUAAUUGGUUAAAAGAACCGGACAGUUGCAACAAGAUGGAAGAGCUUGACAGUCAUAGCAGUGAGAAUGGUCCUCAUGAUCAUAUUAGUCUGAAAGAGCUUGACAACCACUGGGGUGAUAAAGAGCGUGUUGAUCUUAAUUUUCUUAGUGAACUUGGCUGUGAUAGUAAUGUGAAAGAUGUUGACAAUGGGGACGGCCCAGAAGAGUUUGGAACUACUGAAGACAGCAGCAACUUUGCCUCUGGAAAAACACAAAUUCUGAAAGAGCUUGAUAAUCACAACAGUUUGGACAAGCUUGAUGGCCAUUUAAAGAAGCCUGACAUUCAUAAUAGCAUGGAAGAGCUUGAUAAUUGUAACUACCAAAAAGAGCUUGGUAAUCAGAACAGUCUAAAUGAUCUUGAUGGUCAUAAAAACCUAAAAGAGCUUCAUAGUGCUCAAAAUGGCAAAUUUACUCCAGUAACAUGUGCAGAUGGUUUUCUAGUUGAGCAGUUCAACACUAGCGUAUCUAGUAAUGAAGCCAUGAUCAUGACAUCAGAAAAUGAUUCAGUGAAGGAAUCUAUUGCUUUGCAGUCCAAGGGCAGUCCCGAGGAUGCUGUUCUUCCCGCUGAACAUGAGAUGGACCUUCAGGUUUCUCUGAGCAUAUAUUAACUUUAUAGGAUAUGCCAAAUGAAAGUGCAUUGUAGGAUGAAUUUCUGUGAGCUUAUACUGCUCUGGUGCUUUGGUAGAGACUUUCUGAUUAGUUUGGGUUGUUGAGCUACCUGACAGCUAAUUUUGUGCUAUAGGAUAUUACAUAAUUACAUUGGUGAUGCAACCCAGUAAUAAGAAUCUGCAGAAGGAAGAUAUAGUUUUGUGGAUACAUCAUAUUUUGGUCAUCUCCUUAGGGAAAUAUGCUGACCUGAUGAUCGCAGUGUUGGAGCUAUUUAUUAUGACAGGACAACUUUUAUUAUGGUUAAUAUUCUCGGUAGGUCUGACACUGACAUAGGGAAUAUUUGGGUACCAUUUCCUUCCGAUGGUUUCUAGCCAGAACUUGUGAUCCAGUUUGCACUGUGAGAUUAUGCACUGACUGGGACAUUUCAUCAGUACAAGCGGCUCAUUUUUGGUGGUAUUGCACUUACUCAUGACGCGCAAGGAUGGACGAAUGGAUGAAGCAUUGUGUCCUUCAGCAUUUGAAGCUCCCAUUCUCCGCACUCUACCAGAAUACCAGAUCGACUAGGCAUCCUGACGAUUCAUUUUUCUCUUGUUGGCUUUCCCCAUGUACAUUCUGCGAAGCAAUUCAUGUGGGCUCGUUAAUCUUAUCCUGUAUAGGGUUCCAAUAUAGGCUUCAGAUUAUAGUGGCAACAAAAGGCUCAUGCAGUGUAACUAUCAGAUUCAGAUGGGUAGAAUGCUGCUGUUGUUGUACUUGCUGGUUUUACUCUGCUGUUUUGGCGAGGCUAGCAGCACCUUGCUUAGAUGUAAAUUUAACUGUCAGAAAGUUUCAGUACCUUCUCCA